GCGAUGGCUCCGGCCGUGGACCGGGAGGGCUACUGGGGUCCCACAACCUCUACUCUGGACUGGUGCGAAGAGAACUAUACCGUGACCCAGUAUAUCGCUGAGUUCUGGAAUACAGUCAGUAAUCUGAUUAUGAUCAUACCUCCAAUUUUUGGUGCAAUUCAGAGUGUUAGAGAUGGACUGGAAAAGCGGUAUGUUGCAGCUUACUUAGCACUCACAGUGGUAGGAAUGGGAUCCUGGUGCUUCCACAUGACUCUGAAAUAUGAAAUGCAGCUAUUGGAUGAACUCCCAAUGAUUUACAGCUGUUGCAUAUUUGUGUACUGCAUGUUUGAGUGCUUCAAGACAAAGAACUCAGUAAACUACCAUCUGCUUUUUACCUUAGUUCUAUUCAGUUUAAUAGUAACCACAGUUUAUCUUAAGGUAAAAGAGCCUGUGUUCCAUCAGGUUAUGUAUGGAAUGUUGGUCUUUACAUUAGUACUUCGAUCUGUUUAUAUUGUUACAUGGGUUUAUCCAUGGCUUAGAGGACUAGGUUAUACAUCCUUGGGUAUAUUUUUAUUGGGAUUUUUAUUAUGGAACAUAGAUAACAUCUUUUGUGAUUCACUGAGGAACUUUCGAAAGAAGAUGCCACCUAUCCUAGGUGUUACCACGCAGUUUCAUGCAUGGUGGCAUAUUUUAACUGGCCUUGGUUCUUAUCUUCACAUCCUGUUCAGUUUAUAUACAAGAACACUUUACCUGAGAUACAGGCCAAAAGUGAAAUUUUUCUUUGGAAUAUGGCCAGUGAUCAUGUUUGAGCCUCUCAGGAAGCACUGAUGAUUAUUCCAUGAAGAGAACAAAAAAUACCUGCAUAUGCCUAACAGGAUGAUAAGAAAUCCUUAAAAAUCUACAUAUUAAAAUACACCAUGACCAUCGCAACAGAGGAGUGACUUAGACUGGUGCUGCCAACCACACAGAGAAUGAAGAAUUAAUCCGGGUUGGUGUUUUGCACCUGGCUUUGUCUUAUUUGUCCUCCUCAUCUUCAUCCUGAGGUGUUUAUAAAGAAACAGAUAGGAUUUAUAUUUAUGCUUAGAGUGCUGGGGAAAUUGAGCUUUUUUUAACAGGUUAACAGCUUGUGCUGGUCAUAGGAAAUUAACUAUUUUCUCUUUUUUGGUAAGGAUUGCAUGUGAACUAUAUCUUUUUUUAACAUUAAAUAAGGAAAACAGUCAGUAAGGAUGGCAGUGCCCAAUGUCCAGAUGGUCACUUGUGAGCCAGCAUUAAGCUGUGUCAGCUUUGGUUUCUGCUGUUGUCAUGUUAACCUCAUAGAUGGCUUUCCAAGAUUAAAACACACACACACACACACACACACACACACACACACACACACACACUCUCUCUCUCUCACAAACUAGUUAUGGAUUUCUAGGCAUUUUUUCCAUCAUCUGUCUCAGUGCUAGUCAGAAUAUCAUAAAAAGGCUCAGACCUGCCCCUGGGUUCUAUACUUGUCAUUUCCCAGAAUUUGCUAUGAGCUCUGGGGUGUAAGAGCAAAUGGAACAAAUAAUAGCAAUGGAUCUAGUAUCCCUUCUGAAGCUUCACCAGAAUACCUAGAAAACACUACACCUCCAGCCAGUUAAAAGUAUUUGCUUUGUUUCCUUUGGCAGAUCUUUAAGUUGCCACUGUUUUUAUGUUAAGGGAAACAUAACUGAUGGUCUAGCCACUCAUAUUCUACCCUUAUAGCCUAACUUAUUUGAAAUUAUCAGACAAUGUCAGAAAAUUAAGGCUUUUUAUAUUGUACAGUAUUUUCCAGCUUUCAGAGGGGCCAUGGUUAUGCCCAGAGAAGUAUGUCAAGUUAACUGAAGUAAAAUGGUCAGGAUCCUAGUUACAUAAAGUUUUUUUUGUUGUUUGUUUGUUUGUUUUUGUACUGGGGAUCAAACUCAGAUCCUUGCACU